CUUAAAGAGGGAAUGGUUUUUGCAGAUUAUGGGCCCAGCUGGAGGGAACAUCGGCGCUUUGCUCUGAUGACACUGAGGAACUUCGGUCUGGGAAAGAAGUCGAUGGAAGACAGAAUUCACGAUGAGAUCCAGUACACCAUAAAAACUCUGGAGAAGAGUGUUGGCAGCACGCUGAGUCCUCAGGUGAUGUUUCAUAACACAACCUCCAACGUCAUCUGCCAGGUUCUGUUCGGAACGCGAUACGAGUACGAUGACGAGCUGAUCAAGACCAUCGUUUGUAGCUUCACUGCGCUCGCCAAGAUGGCCAACGGACCAUGGGCCUUGGUGUACGAUGCCUUCCCCAUGUGUCAUAAUCUGCCGCUGCCUUUCAGAAGAGCCCAUGAGAUAUAUGGGACUUUGCAAAGUAUUGCAAUGCAGUUGUUGGAUGAACACAAGAAGAGUCGAGUACCAGAAGAACCGAGAGACUUUGUUGACUGUUACCUGGAUGAAUUGGAUAAGAGAGGAGACGAUGGUUCUUCCUUUUCUGAGGAACGGCUUACUAACUAUAUUCUGGACCUUCACUUUGCUGGGACCGACACAACAUCCAACACCCUGCUGAUGGGUUUUCUGUACUUGAUGACUCACCCACAUGUACAAGAACAAUGUCAGCAGGAGAUCGACCAGGUUCUGCAGGGGAAGGACCGAGUCAAUUAUGAAGACAGGAACGACAUGCCUUAUGUGCAGGCUGUGACCCAUGAAGUCCAGCGGGUUGCAAACACGGCUCCGCUCAGCGUCUUCCACAGCACGACCAAAGACACAGAGCUGAUGGGGUAUUCCAUCCCUAAGGGAACAAUAGUCAUCCAGAACCUGACCUCAGUGCUGAAGGAGGAGGGUCAGUGGAAAUUUCCUCAUGAGUUUAAUCCUGAAAACUUCCUGAAUGAGCAGGGGGAGUUUGUCAAACCAGAAGCCUUCAUGCCAUUCUCUGCAGGUCCUCGGAUGUGUCCUGGAGAGGGUCUGGCCCGUAUGGAGCUCUUCCUUAUCAUGGUGACCCUGCUGAGGAAGUUUAGGUUCGUCUGGCCAGAGGAUGCUGGAGAACCAGAUUUCACUCCGGUUUUUGGGGCAACUUUGAGUCCAAAACCUUACAACAUGGAGGUCCAGCUCAGGGCUUAGUACUGAGAACAUGUGCAGAUGUUCUGCAGAAACAUAUAGACUCAGAUCUAUACAACUGGAUGUCACAGAAACAAAGACAGGCACAGUUUGGUAAAAUGUGUGUAUCAUCUUAAUGUUCUUUUAACUGGAAGUGUCAGAAAACA